GCCUUCCCUAUCCUGACAUCUCACGUAAAGCCUGUAGUAAAAGAAUUUCCUGUCUGUUUUUGAAGCCAGAUCUUAUCCCUUUGGUUUUGCAAUUUCGACUCUUUUAUGUGUAUAGUUUGGUUGUCUCAUUAUAAUUGAUAAACAGAGGUGAAGAUCAAUAGCAAUUCUAAUGGAGGAAAGGGAAGGUUCAGUUCAAGAAAAGCAUUUUGAGAUGGAGGUUAUGGGUGAGAAGAGAAAGAAGAUAGUGAAAAAAAGCUGGGAUGAAUCAAAGAAGAUGUGGGAAAUUGCAACACCUGCUAUGUUAACUGCAGUAACCCAAUUUUCUAUUGGAGUUGUUACUUCUGCAUUUGUUGGCCAUAUAGGAGAGGUAGAGUUGGCUGCUGUUUCUAUUGUUCAGAAUGUAAUUGAAGGCUUCGUCUUUGGAGUAAUGCUAGGAAUGGGAAGUGCUCUGGAGACACUAUGUGGUCAAGCUGUUGGUGCUGGACAAGUGAACAUGCUUGGAAUCUAUUUGCAGAGAUCAUGGACUAUUACUGGAGUCACAGCUUUAUUUUUAACACCUGUUUAUGUUUUCACAUCGCCAUUACUGCAACUCCUUCAUCAAGACAAAAAUAUCUCAAAGCUUGCUGGAAAAUUCUCAAUAUGGGUUAUUCCUCAAUUGUAUGCUUAUGCUAUGAAUUUUCCAAUACAGAAGUUUCUCCAAGCACAGAGCAAAGUUUGGGUUAUGACUAUCAUCUCAAUAUUUUCCCUUUUAUUUCACGUGUUGUUGAAUUGGGUGCUUGUGACAAAAAUGGAACGAGGGCUGCUUGGUGCUGCCAUUGCAGGGAAUAUUUCAUGGUGGCUUGUGGUUCUAGGACAGGCUUUUUACGUUCUCGCAGGUUUUUUCCCAGAGGCCUGGACUGGUUUUUCCCUUUCAGCUUUUACGUCAUUAGCUGGUUUUGUAAAGCUUUCACUUGCAUCUGCUGUAAUGUUAUGCUUGGAGCUAUGGUAUUUUACGAUUGUGAUUCUUAUGGUGGGAUGGUUAAAGAAUCCAGAGAUUGCAGUAGAUGCUAUUUCCAUUUGCAUGAACCUGGAACUAUGGACUCUUAUGAUUGCUCUUGGUUUCAAUGCAGCAAUAAGUGUUCGAGUAUCGAAUGAGCUUGGAGCUGGAAAUCCUAAAGCAGCAAAAUUUUCAGUGUUGGUGACUGUUUUAACAUCCUUAAUUAUUGGAGUUGUAUUCACAAUUAUAAUUAUUGUGUCCAAGAAUGACUUUCCAAAGAUGUUCUCUGGUAAACCAGUGGUCAUAAAAGAAGCAUCAAAUCUGGGUUACUUCACAGCAGCAACAAUCUUCCUCAAUAGCAUCCUACCUGUGCUUCAUGGAGUAGCAGUGGGUGCAGGAUGGCAGACCUUAGUUGCCUUGAUUAGUAUUGGAUCUUACUACAUAAUAGGACUUCCUGUUGGUGCCUUGCUUGGAUACAAGUUUAAGCUAGGUGUUAAGGGGAUAUGGACAGGAAUGUUGGCUGGUUAUGUAAUUCAACUAUUCAUUCUCAUUCUCGUCUUUCUUCGGACUAACUGGCUCAAAGAAGCUUCUAAAGCUGAAGAGCGCAUUAAAACCUGGGGUGGACCUCAAGAACAGCAAAGUCCAUCAGAACCUAACAUGAAUGGCGAUCGAACAACCUAAUGGCUUUUCAAAAUUUUUUCUGGUUCGCUUUCAUAUAAUUUAUUUUGUAGUUCCAAAUAUAUAAACAGUUAUACAGUUAAUUCACUUGAGGCACCCGAUGUACUUUGGCUAAAGCUGACAGACAGUACUUUAACUUUGUCUCAUCUUUGUAAUACUUAUGUCUAUUGAAAAAGAAAAGAAAAAUGCAGAGGAGGUCUUGUAUGAAUAAAAGCUGUGGUCAUCCAACCACCAGCACUCAGAAAAUAUAAGAAAAUGGGCAGUUUUUCUAAUUUCUUGA